AUGACUGAAGUCGCCGGUCCAAUCCACAAAAAAGCCAUUCCGUUGUCAACGAAUGUGCUCAUCAUAGGCGGCGCGUAUGCUGGAUUGUCUGCAUUGGUAGCCAUGAAAAACCAUGCAAGAAACAGAACUUGUGAUACUAAAAUCUCUGCCACUAUCAUCGAGCCAAAAGCUGGCCUUCUAAACAUAUUGGGUAUUCCCCGGGCAAUUGUGGACGUUGAUUUUGCGAAAACACAGUAUGUCCCAUUCCAGAACCUCCAGGACCUCAAAUUUCACCGCUUAAUAUCCGACGACCAACAGGUAUGCGAUGGUCUUGGGAAGUCUUUGGGUUCCGAUUCCGAGGAGAAUUUAUCGAUCACAUAUGUCCAGGGUGCGGUCUCGGAGCUCACCAGUCAAUCUGCGGUGUACGCUUUGAACAAUGACGCAUCCAACAAGCAAACGAUAGCCUUCGAGUAUGUUGUAAUUGCCACUGGCAGGAAUAGACAAUGGCCCACAUCGCCAUUGGCUUUUAACUACGAUAGCUACAUGGAGGAAAUGGUGGAGUUUAACAAAAAUGUGAUCCAAAGUAAAUCGAUUGGAGUCAUUGGAGCAGGUGCGGUGGGCAUAGAAAUAGCAGGCGACAUCAAAAAUAGGUACAAAGACAAAGAUGUCUAUCUCAUACAUCCACACGAAAAGUUUCCACCCGAGCCUCUAUCUGAAGAGUUCCAAGAUGCUUGCAGACAGUCACUAGAGAGAGGCGGCGUGAGCAUCAUGACUCAGCGACGGGUUGCAACCGAAUCUGAGGAUAAGAAGCUCACGUUCACGGACGGAACGGAACUCCAGACCGACUUCAACUAUUGGUGCAAUGCGUUCAGAAACAACACCGACUUAUUUGAGGGAGAUUUGAAGAAGUACAUCUCACCCAAAAACAACGUGUAUGUGAACGAGUACCUUCAGUUGGAAAUGCCGGAGCAGGUGGAUUGCUUGCCCAACGUCUUUGCCAUAGGAGAUCUUGUUGAGUUCCCCAUUAUCAAGUCCGCUGGAUGGGCUUUGUACAUGGGCAGACAAGUUGCGAACAACAUCUUGCUGAUGAUCUUGGACGGGAAGCUCGUUGAGAACAUGCCCGACCUCACGAAGAUGCCCAAGGGAAUGGUUCUCAUAGCUGGUAACGAGGAGCUAGUGUCGCUGCUUGACGGAGUAGUGGAGCUCAACAACGAGAACUAUGUGGAAGAGUACAAGGACUAUUGUUUAGGGAAGAUCCGCGUCACACUUGGGGCGUAG